UUUAAAUUCAAAUUAAUUUACCACAUAAAUAUGAACGAAGAAAAAAGACUUCCUAAGCUUCUUGGAAGAGAGCCUGAUAUAAUGCUUAAUGAAAACGAUAUCUCUGCUAAGAUCCAGGCAAAUUUUAACGAUGGCUUUAACACAACCCAGACUUUUUCUGAUGAUAAUAAAUAACUCAACUUCUUUUGUCAGACCGAGUAGAUAUGUUCAAUUAAACUCUGAAGAUGUCUAUGAGAUUUCUAAUACUGGUGCUAUUAAAGCAAUUAAGAGUAAUGAGUCUAUACUUUCUAAUAAUGGUACUUCCCAAUCAAAAAGACCUAAAUCAGGAAGGUUCAGGCAAAGGAGACCUUGGAGUAAUAGAUCUUACAAGAGAACAGACAGUGGCUCUGUUGGAUCAAGACCUGGUUCUUCUAAGAAUAACAAAGUUUCAGUUGUUAAAAGUCACUCUGUAAACUCAAGGAAAUUGGGUCAGAAUCCAUUGCAUAAGUCAUACUUAUCUAAAGUAGAUCAUAUUAUCCAGCAAACUCAUAUUUAUAAUAAUUCCAAUACUGGGAACAAGAGAAUAACCAGAAAAUAUAACAAGCUUCGGUCUCAUGAGAGUAUUGAUUCAAAUAUGGCAGCAGGAGAAUCUAAUUUAAACAAUUCCAUGAACCUUAGGAGGUCAAGCAAUAGAUCCAACUAUCACAGAAAUAGUAGUGGGAAUAGAGAAAAUAGUUUGAUAAGAAUAACUAAGAUGAAUUCAACAAAGUUCAUCAAUGGGAUAUCAACUACCCUCCUUACUAAUCUUUUUAAUGCCAAGUGUAAUGACCUCAAAAUUCAUCCCAAGGAUGGCCAACUGAGAAGAUUCCUAGAAUAUUGUCAGAAAGCAAUGAAAGACAGAAAAAUAACUUUUAGAGAGAUUGGCUUUGGUCCAAAUAGUGCUAAGGUCCUUGGAAAUAUUCUCCGAUACAACAGAUUCUCCCAUUUAGAUUUAAGAAAGAAUGUACUUGGGAACCAAGGACUUAGAGAACUUUCAAAAUCUCUUUUGAUGAACUCCUCUCUGAUUCAUUUAGACAUUGGAAGUAAUGAUAUAACAUUCGAAGGAGCUAAUUCGUUCUUUAAAAGUAUGAUAAAGCAUAAAACCUUGACAUCCAUUAGCAUUGCUAACUCGGAUGGUCUUCAUAGAAAUAGAAUUAGAGCUAAAGGAUGUAUUGGACUCAAUCAUUUGCUCAAAAAGAACAAGAUCAUUUCAAUGUUGAACCUCUCUGGUAACAAUAUUGGAAAAGAAGGAGUAAAGAUCUUUCUAAAAGAUCUCGAUCCGGUGGAUAUGAACCUAGUGUACCUGAAUUUGACUAAUAACGACCUUGGAUUUGAUUGUAUCAGAGACCUGAGACCCCUCUUUGAGUCACCGGCUCUUUCUGAGCUUAGGCUCUCUAACAAUAAACUUGACGAUUCUACUGCAGAGGCUAUAUCUUCAUACUUUUACAAGGAAAUAUGAAAGAUGAAGAAAAUUGAUUUGUCCUGAAAUAAUAUCACAAGUAAAGGUGCUUGAAUAUUAUUCAGAUCGCUGAAGCAAAAUAGGUUUUUAACUCAUCUCAACUUGAGGAACAACCAAUUUAUUGGAAAUGGAGAGCUUUUAGAGCUGGAGAAUUUCUUAAAUAACAACCAGUGACUUACACACCUAAACUUAGGAGAAUGAGGACUUGAUUCUAAGCAUAUUUACAUCAUGUGUGAGGGACUUCAUGCUAAAGAGAGCACUGAAUCUAGAAUCGGGAAUAAUACUCUUCAUAAUUUAAAUCUUACUAGAAAUAAAAUUGAUGAUGAAGGUGCAGAUCAUAUAGCUGAAAUACUCAAGCAUGACACAAAUACAGGUUUGAUGGUGAUUGACCUCUCAUCAAAUUUCAUCAGUGAUGAAGCAGCUGCAAAUCUAACCAGUGCUAUGGAGACCAACAAUCAUUUACUAAAGCUAAACCUAAAGAAUAACAAUUGCAUGGCAAAAUGGUGUAACAAUGAUAAUUCAAUGGCUGUUCAAAACCGUUUGCCAAAAAUCAGAGAAGAAAUGUCUGAAUUACUCUUAAAAGAGGAGGAACAGAUGAAGGCAGGAGAUAAGAACUUCAAUUUUGGCAAAGUCAUGACGACUAUGAAAGUAAAGAAGACCCAACUAGAGUCAGAUAUGACUAAGUACCAAGAUUGGAUCGAAAAGAUGAGGGAUAACGAUGAAGUCGAACUUGAUCAACUCAAGAGCAUGCUCAAAAAUCUUAAAGAAAAUUCUGAAGAUAUGGACUAUGAUCUUAUCAGACUGGCAAAAGCGAGAGAACGCAGGAAGAAGAAUCUUCGAUACCAAAUAGAAGAUGUUCAAGUUGACAUUUAUAAUGUUAAAAAAUCGGAAGGAGACAGAAGAAAAGAAUUACAAGAAGCUAAAAAUGAACUCCAGGAAUUCCAAGAUAUAGUAGAUGUGCAAGUCAAUAAAUUACAAAAAGAGCUAGAAGAGGCUGAACUUGAGAGAAAGAAGGCUCAAUUUGUUUAUGAAAAUUAUGAGAGGGAAGUCACAAGAUGGAGAAAAGAGGUUGAAGAUAAGAAAAAUCAAUCUCUACAAGCCAACUUUUUAUCAAUUCCGACCAGAAGUGCAAAAAGAAAGGGAUCAACAUCAAGAAGCCAUUCAAGAUCCCAUUCUCGAUCAAAAUCCAAAAAGAAAGAGAAAAUCCAACCCUUCCAACGAAUCACCAAAAGAUCUAUAAACUAUGUCAAAGAGAACGAUCCUGAUGCCUCCAACAUUCCCAAAGAUACGAGACUCGCAAAAUCAAAACCCUCUAAAAAGCUAAAAAAGAAUCCAAAAAGGGAGAACAGUUCAAAACAAAGACUGAACAUUCGAGUCAACAAAUCUCUCAAGAGGAAAAAGAUUCGCUAA